GCCGCGCGCGGGCUGCUGGUAAGGGGCGGGGCGAGGCCGCGCCGGCGCGUCGAGCCAGAAGCAGCCGCCGGGAUGGAUGUGUUCCUCAUGAUCCGGCGCCACAAGACCACCAUCUUCACAGACGCCAAGGAGUCGAGCACCGUGUUCGAGCUGAAGCGCAUCGUCGAGGGCAUCCUCAAGCGGCCACCGGACGAGCAGCGGCUCUACAAGGACGACCAGCUUCUAGAUGAUGGGAAAACGCUGGGCGAGUGUGGCUUCACCAGCCAGACAGCACGGCCACAGGCCCCAGCCACAGUGGGCCUAGCCUUCCGGGCAGAUGAAGCCUUUGAGGCCCUGCGCAUCGAGCCCUUCUCCAGCCCACCAGAGCUUCCAGAUGUGAUGAAGCCUCAGGAUUCCGGAGGCAGCGCCAAUGAACAAGCUGUGCAGUGAGGGCCCCAGGCAUGCCCCAGAGGCUCAUUCCCCCUACCCCCAAUAAAAGAGAUUUGGGUGUCUGCCUGA